AUGCCUUGUCCAAUUUCCAAUCUCUCCCACCUCCAUCUCUCAGGUGCUCAGGCAUAUCCAUCCUCCAGGCUCUGCAAUGGUUUGGGAGGUUUGGGACCAGCGAUCCCAAAUUCUGGUGGAAUUCUGAUAACCCCCCUCCGUGAUUUUUCUCCCCACAGGACCUCAUCCCUCCGAUGGAACGCCGGUACCAAGGAGCGGAUGCUGAUCAAGGUGACGGAUCGGGAGCCCAGCUUCCUCCUCCACCAAGGCAAUGGCUAUGCCCCAGAAAACCAACCAGGCUCCCGUUCCCGUCGGCCCUCGGGCGGCCAACAGUCGCCCAACCUCCAAACCUUCUCCUCGGAUGCCGACAACUCCGUCUUUUUCCCGGAGAGGAAGCAGUCACCCUUCCUGAAGAGGGCCGAGCAUGUUGGCAGCUGCUCGCCACUGCUGGGCCGGGGCGAUUCCUUCUGCUCUCCACUCCAAGCCCAGCAUCGCAAACAUUCCAGCGAAUCUCAGCCCUCGUCGCCCCGCUACGCCUAUGAGCCCCCGCUCUACGAGGAGCCCCCCAUGGAAUACCAGGCUCCCAUCUAUGAUGAGCCACCCGUGGACAUGCAGUACGAAGCCAGCGGGAGCUACAAGGCUGGGUCCCCACAGAAAUCACCCAUCCGGAAGCCUCAUCCUUUCCUUCAGUCGCCCAAGCAAGGCUCCAACUCGCCCUACCAGCAGCUGGUCCUCACCAAGCAGAAGUGUCCAGACCGCUUCAUGAGCCUGGAAUACAGUCCGGCUGGCAAGGAAUACGUCCGGCAGUUGGUCUACGUGGAGCAGUCAGGCUCCAGCCCCAAGAUGAAGACGGGCUUGAGGCACAAAUAUUCCCCCAACCCCAUUGGCGGCUCCUACUCGCUACAGCACAGCCCCUGCCUGGUGCGGGACCAACGCCUGGAGAUCAAAUCAGGUGACUACAGCAGCAUGGAGGGACCCGACUUCUGCCCUGGCCCCACGGGGGCCCAGGUGGCCCAGGGUGAGGACUCCAUGUCGUGGUCCAGCCAGCAGGACACCUUGUCCUCCACUGGUUACUCACCCUCCACUAGAAAGAGGAAAAGCCGAAAGCCUUCGGUGAACCAUGACGCCAACGCUUCUUCCACGGAUGGCUCAGGGGAGCGGGAGGUGUUGGGCGAGCUGGGUGAGGAACGAGCCACGCCGGGACCCAACAGGUCACCGAUGAACCGGACGGAGAGCAAGGCGGCCGAGGCAGAGGCAGCACGGGGCUUCCCAGAGCCGUUCCUGGCACAGGCGCGCCUGGCGUGGGAAGCACAGCAGGCCCACUAUCACAUGAAGCAACGGAGCAGCUGGGAUUCCCAAAAGGAUGGUUCAGGCUACGAGAGUGAUGGAGCCCUCCCGCUGCCCAUGCCGGGCCCAGUGGUGCGAGCCUUCAGCGAGGAUGAGGCGUUGGCGCAGCAGGAGAACAAGCACUGGAAGAGGAACACUUUCGAGAAGCUGGGCUUCCCCCAGAUCCUGCUGGAGAAGAGCGUCUCCGUCCAGACCAACCUGGCCUCCCCUGAGCCCUACCUGCAUCCAUCUCAGUCCGAGGACCUGGGUGCCUGCGCGCAGUUCGAGAGCAGCCGGCAGACACGGAACAUGAUGCCGAGUGCCAGCUGCGUCUUCCCCACCUUCAACCUGCGCAAGCCCUCCUCAGAGACGGACAUUGAGAACUGGGCCUCCAAGCACUUCAACAAGCACACCCAAGGGCUCUUCCGACGGAAGGUCUCCAUCGCCAACAUGCUGGCCUGGAGCAGCGAAUCCAUCAAGAAACCCAUGAUCAUGACCAACGACCGCAACGUCAAGAAGGAGGCGUGCGAGAUCUUCAAGCUCAUCCAGAUGUACAUGGGCGACCGGCGGGCCAAGACGGACCAGCUCAAUGUGGCCUUGGAGAUCGCCACCAAAGGUUGGAGCAUGCAGGGGCUGCGAGAUGAGCUCUACAUCCAGCUGUGCCGGCAGACCACUGAGAACUUCCGUUACGAGAGCCUGGCCCGCGGCUGGGAGCUCAUGGCCAUUUGCUUGGCCUUUUUCCCACCCACUCCCAAAUUCCAUUCCUACCUUGAAGGAUACAUUUACCGGCAUAUGGAUCCAGUGAAUGACACCAAAGUCUCGCGGCACCUCCGGCACCUCCUGGCAAGGACCAAUCAGAAGAAACCUAAAUUGCGAAAGAAACCAAAGCCCCAGAGCGAGGAGAUCCCGGGGGUGGCCAUUAGCACUUACGCCAAGUACUGCUACAACAAACUCCAGAAGGCAGCGCUGACCGGGGCCAAGAAGGGCCUGAAGAAGCCGAACAUCGAGGAGAUCCGUCACGCCAAGAACGCAGUCUUCAACCCGUCCAUGUUCGGCAGCUCCCUGCAGGACAUCGUGGCCAUGCAAAAGGAGCGGUACCCAGACCGGCAGCUGCCCUGGGUGCAGACUCGGCUCUCCGAGGAAGUCCUAGCGCUCAACGGGGACCAGACCGAGGGCAUCUUCAGGGUCCCCGGUGACAUCGACGAGGUCAACGCCCUCAAACUGCAGGUGGACCAAUGGAAGAUCCCCACUGGCUUGGAGGACCCACACGUUCCUGCAUCGCUGCUGAAGCUGUGGUACCGUGAGCUGGAGGAGCCGCUGAUCCCACAUGAGUUCUACGAGCAGUGCAUAUCCCACUAUGAGAACCCCGAGGCUGCCAUCGCCGUAGUCCACUCCCUGCCCCGGAUCAACAGAAUGGUGCUGUGCUACCUCAUCCGCUUCCUCCAGGUCUUUGUGCAGCCAGCCAAUGUGGCCGUCACCAAGAUGGACGUCAAUAACCUGGCCAUGGUGAUGGCCCCUAACUGCCUGCGCUGCCAAUCGGACGACCCGCGGAUCAUCUUUGAGAACACGCGCAAGGAGAUGUCCUUCAUCCGUGUCCUCAUCCAGCACCUGGACACCAGCUUCAUGGAGGGCGUCCUAUAGCGGCCGGCACCGUGCCGUCCCCACCCCACCACCGGCCCCCUGUCCCCUUCUAGGGUCGAAGUCCCCAGGUGGUGGCACCUGUCUCUACCAAGAACCAGGAGAUCCAUGAGGUUCUCCACCACAUGGUGAGCUCCAUCUCACCAAGAACUGGGAGGCCCAUGAGGUUCUCCAGCUUUACCACUUGGUGAGCUCCAUCUCCACCAAGAACCAGGGCAUCCGUGACAUUCCUCACCACGUGAUGAGCUCCAUCUCCACCAAGAACCAGGAGGUCCAUGAGGUUCUCCAACUUCACCACACAGUGAGUUCCAUCUCCACCAAGAACCAGGACAUCCGUGACACUCCUCACCACAUGAUGAGCUCCAUCUCCACCAAGAACCAGGAGGUCCGUAAGGUUUUCCACCACAUAGUGAGCUCCAUCUCCACCAAGCACCAGGAGGUCUGUGAGGUUCUCCAACAUGUAUUGAGCUCCAUCUCCACCAGGAAGGAGAACCAGGAGGUUCAUGAGGUUCUCCAACUUCACUACGUGGUGAGCUCCAUCUCCAGCUGGACUUCAUGGACCAAGCAAUUGUCAUCAUUCCUUCUCGCCUGGAUGCAGGGACAAGGAGAAGUCCUUGAGGUCCGUCCUGAUCUUCUGGCCAUGUCACUGCCUGGUUCUUCGCUGGAGGAGUCAUGAGGAACAUCCCAGCUGUGGGGUCUCCAUGGGGUUGGGAAGGUGGGAGAAGUUCAUCUGGACACCAGGGGACCAUGGUGACAAUUGUCCCCCAGAGGGAAGAGACCUGGGAGGUCCCCAUGGGAGUGGUGGCCUGGGGGGGUCAUGUGGCCGAUUGUCUAUCCUGGAGGAGCUGGGUGGGCUGGGUGUGCCCACGUGUCCCCAUGUCCAUCCUGUCCCCCACACACUGGCAUCACAAGGAUCUGUCCCAGCAGCCACUGGGUCUGUCUGGCCCUGUUGGAUUGGUCCCAGGACCUCCCAUCUGCUCCUGGUUUUUCUGGGCCCAUCUUGGUGUCCGUCAUAACUCCUGGAGCCAUCUUGAGGUCCAUCAUCUCCUCCUGGCCCUCCUGGGUCCAUCUUGGGGUUCAUCAUCUCUUUCUGGUCCUUCUGAGCCCUUCUUGGGGUCCAUCAUCUCCUCCUAGUCGUUCUGAACCCAUCAUCAACUCCUGGAGUCAUCUUGGGGUCCAUCAUUUCCUCCUGGACCCAUCUUGGCCCUCAUCAUCUCCCCCAGCUUCUCCCAGACCUGUUUUGGUGCCCUUCCUCUCCUCCAGAUCCUGCCCAAUCCCUCUUGGUAGCCACAGUUUCCUCCUGGACCCACCUUGGCACCCACCAGCUCCUCCUGGUCUUUCAAAACCCACCCAGGACAGCUCUGCUUUACCCUUCUGGACCCAUCUUAGUGUCCAUCAUCAUCUCCUACUUCUCCUGCACCCAUCCUGGUGUUCAUCAUUUCCUCCAGGUCCUCCAGGACCUACCUGGACACCCAUCUCCACCUGCUUCUGCCCAGCCCACUUUAGUGUUUCUGGUGUCUUCCAGGACCCAUCUUGGUGUCCCUGAUCUCCUCCAGGUCCAACCUCAGUGGCUCCUAUCUCCUCCAGGUCCUGCAGGUCCAACCUUGGUGCUCCUAAAUCUUUUCCAGGUCCUCCACAUCCCACCCUGGUGGACCCCAAUCUCCACCAGGUCCCACCUCAGUAACCCCCAAAUCUCUUCCAGGUCCCACCUUGGUGACCCCAUUUCUUCCUGGUUUCACCUUGGUGACCCCAAAUCUUCUCCAGGUCCUCCAGGUCCUACCCUGAUGGACACCAAUCUCCACCAGGUGGCCACUUGGUGGCCUCCAAUCUCCUCCAGGUUCCACUUUGGUGCCCCCCAAUGUCCACCAGGUCCCACCUCAGUAACCCCACCUCUUCCAGGACCCACCUUGGUGACCCCACCUCUUCCAGGUUUCACCUUGGUGGCCCCAAAUCUCCAGGUCCUCCAUGUCCCAUCCUGAUGGAGCCCAAUCUCCAUCAGAAACCACCUUGGUGCCCCCAAAUCUUUUCCAGGUCAUCCAGGUCCCAUCUUGGUGCCCCCUAAUGUCCCCCAGAACCCAUUUUGGUGACCCCCCCAAUGUCCACUAGGUCCCAUCUUGGUGACCCCAAAUCUCUUCCAGGUCCCACCUUGGUGCUCCCAAAUCUCCUCCAGGUCCUCCACGUCCCACCCUGAUGGACCCCAGUUUCCACCAGGACCCACCUUGGUGACCCCAUCUCUUCCAGGUCCCACCUUGGUGCCCCAACUUCUUCCAGGUUUCACCUUGGUGCCCCCCAAUUUUCACCAGGACCCACCUUGGUGACCCCAAUCUCAACCAGGAUCCAUCUUGGUGGCCCCAAAUCUUCUCCAGGUCCUUCAGGUUCUACCUUGGUAUCCCCAGUCUCCAGCAGGACCCAUCCUGGUGAUCCCAGAUCUCCACCAAGUCCCUCAAAAUGGAGAGAUCCCCAAGGCCAGGAGGGUCCCACGGGUCAGGGGGGUCCAAAAGAUCCUGGGAUGGUCCCCAAAAUGAUCGGGGGGAUCCCAUGGGUGGGGAGUCCCCAAAAUUGAGAGGUACCCAUAGUGGGGGGGGGUCCCCAAGAUCCUGGGAGGGAUCCCAAGGUGGGAGGGUCCCCAAAAUGUGGGGCUCCCAUGGGUGAGGAGAUCCCAUGGAGGAGGUCUUCAAAUUUAGGGUGGGGGGGGUUCCCAAACUGGGGGUGGUGGGGACAACCCAGCACUACCUCCCAGCUCUACUCACUGCCAGGGGACCCCCACUUUUCCUCCACAUCUGCUUAAUUAAGUUUUCAUUAAUUAAUCAUUAAUUUCUGGCACCCAUUCAUUAAUUUUUAAGUCAUUUCCCCUCCUUUUUUUCCGGCAGUUUUUUUUUGUGUGGUUUUUUUUUUUUUUUUAAAGCCUCGAGGUUUUUAUUUAUUAUUAUUAAAAAAAAAAAAAAAAAAAAAAAAAAAAAAAAACCGACUGGAAAAAAAUCUGAAUUAAAGGGAUGGACCCGCCCCUCCCUCCCCGGGAUUUUUCCCAGGAUUCCCCCCAAUCCCGGGAAUUCCCUCGGGAAUUCCUUUGGGAAUUUUCCUCCCACCCCUCUCCCCAGAGGGGUGGGGUUGGAUUUUGGGGUCCCCCCAGGGGCCACCGAAUUCUGUAUUUGGGGGGGCUCCGGCCCCCCACCGCGUGUGAAUAAAGCUCCGUAUGGAAAGCGCUG